GUUGACAUUGCCAGACAGUCGAACCAUUGAAACCAUCCGAGCGCGAUAGGGCGACUCCGGAAAUCCUACAUUCAGCGCCGCAAUUAAAAUCAACGAUUUCGGCCCAAACUUCUUUUCCAUUCUGUAUAUUUUAUUUACUCUUUGUUUCCUCUUCUUUUUCGCGGCGCAAGACUUGUCUCAGGAGAACAAGUCGCCCAUCGUUUCCUGGCGAACUAUACCCAGUUUUCUCGCACAAAAACACAAACCUGCCAAGAUGCACUCCCCAUCCUUGGCAACGGCCCUCUUUCUGGCCCUGGUCCUCCCCCUCACCCUGGCGCAAAACAUCCGCGCCAUCUACCUCUUCAAGGACGUGCUCAAGUCCAACACGACGGCGCUGACGCAAUCGGGCUUCAACAGCGCCAUCAUGUUUGGCGUCGGCGUGGUGGCCAACGGCGACAUCAUGUACUACUCCAACACGCCCGGCAGCUCCGACGUGCUCGUCGCCUCGGGCGGGCAGUACGUGGGGGGCGCGGCGCUGCAGAACAAGGUGCGGUCCCUCAAGGGCAGCGGCAGCAAGAUCACGCGGCUCGAGAUCUGCAUGAACUCGCAAAACAUCCGCGAGCUGAUGAGCAGCCCGGGGCCGGGGUCCAACACCAACAUCUACCGCAACUUCGCCGCGCUCAAGACGGCGUGGAACCUGGACGCGGUCAACAACAACGACGAGGCGCUGUACCACGUGCCCAGCACCGUGGCCUUUGGGCGCAUGGUCGGCGCCAUCGGGUACAAGUACUCGGCGUCGCCCUACACGCGCAUCUCGUUCUACCAGGACCUCAAGAGCCAGCUCGGCGCCGCGCUCAUGGACCGCUUCUACCUGCAGUGCUACGACGGCGGCGCCGGCAACGACCCGCUGCAGUGGCAGGCGCAGCUGGGCGCCAAGGUGGUCCCGCUGCUGUGGGUCGUCAACGACAGCAAGCCGUCCUACGGCCAGAACCCCGCCCAGGCGAGGAGCAAGUUUGCCGCCUGGAAGGCGAGGGGCGAGCUGGGCGGCGCGGGGUACUGGAACGAGUUUGACAUUGAAAAGAUGAACCUCAGCUACACCGACUACGCAAACGUGCUCAACGACCUGUUCCCGGGCACCGCGGCGGCCAAGGUGGAGGGGGAUGAUUCGUGGAGGCAGAGCUCUUGGGAGGGGAGGGUGCGAUCUGCGUCGAAGAUGGCUGCUUGAUUUGAGUACGGUGGGCGAUGAUCGAUGAUGUCGGUAUUCCAAUUUUCAGCAUGGUUUGGGA